AUAGGCACAUUUAUGUAGCGCAGGAUUUCAAAGCUUUGUCAAUAAUAAUUUAAGAAGCUUCCUGAUCUCAUUGUUGUGUUGUAUACAAUAGACCCGCUGAGGGUGAGGGCAACGCUUGGUCCACUGCAUGUGUUCUUUCAAUACCUUUUUGAAUCACGUCACCCACACUUCUGCCUAACAAGCUUCACCCUCCAUUGGGCAAACAGACUUCUAACUGUGACUGGGGGUGUGGUUUUAAACUGGCUUGACCAGAUUUCCCAAGAGUCUGUGUUUUUUUCCUUUGAUAGACAUAACUGACACCAGUGGAGCAGAGGGAAAACUCGCACUAGCACAUAUUUGUGUCCCUGGGAGCUGCUCUGAUAAAUUCCAAGGACUUCCUGAACGCUUCAACAGAUCCGGCUUAGAUCUUACAAGUCCGUGGCCAAAUAAAGUGUUGACAAAAAAAUCUGGGCAAAUUAAAAUGAAGCAGUAUUCAACCUUCCAGGGAUUAAAAGCAAUAAGAGGGUAUGAGAAGCAGAGGAAAAUAUUACACACAUUCAGCACUCAAAUCAAAAAGAAUAUCUGACGUGCUCCCCAUCAAGGUCUUCUGCCUCUGCCAUCAUGAAGGACCGCAUGGAGGAGUUGCGUCAGCGGAUGAAGGCCAGCGAUAAGAUGGUAGACAACAACACCUUUAACACAGAGGAGGACAUGGACCCAUCCUCGCUGAUAGGCCUGCAGGCCGUGAUCUUUGAGGCAGAGCCUGUUCUUGAGAACUUCCUGAAGGAGGCACAGAACAUUCGUGACAGCAUUGAGGAGCUGAACUCGGAAGUCAAUAAGUUCAGCCAGCAGCAGAGAAACUUUAUGGCCACCAUCAGGCGUCUCAGCAUCAUGAAAAAGGAGAGCAGCAUGACGCGAGACAUCAAGUUGUUGGCCGAGAGCCUGAAUAAAAGGUUAGAUGCUCUUUCCAAGCAGGCUAAGCGAAUUGAGGCUGAGCUGGGCCCGGACACCGCCACGUCCCGUAUUCAGAAGGCCCAGCACGCGGCCCUUUUCCGCCAGUUCCAGCAAGUAAUGCGACAACACAAUGACGCGAUCCUGAGCAAGCAGGACAAAUGCAAGCAGUUUAUCAUCCGGCAGCUGGAGGUUUCGGGCCGUGAGGUGUCCGAAGAGGAGGUGGAUAACAUGAUAGAGCAGGGCAAGUGGGAGAUCUUCAAUGAGAACAUCAUAGUGGAUGCAAAGAUCACUCGUGCGCAGCUCUCGGAGAUAGAGCAACGCCAUAAAGAGCUCCUAAACCUGGAAAGCAACAUGAAGGACCUCAGAGAUCUCUUUCUAGAUGUGUUCAUGCUGGUGGAAGAGCAAGGGCACCAGAUCGAGAGCAUACAAGCCAAUGUGGAGAAGACACAAGACUAUGUAUCAGUCUCAAAGGAGAAGUUCAAAAUGGCUGCCAGAUACAAGAAGAAGAAUCCUCUCAGAAGACUGUGCUGUUGUUGCUGUCCUUGGUUCAGAUAGCAGGGCAAAAUAAACGGUGUGAAAGUUUCUCAUUUACUGCGCUUUCAAGGGAAGAACUGGGGUCCGAAUACAAUUGAAAACAUAGAUCUCUGUCUGAUGAAAAUAAAAAGCAAAGGCACAAAGCACUUUUAGACAACAUUAAAAAAGGCUCCGUAGCAAUGAAGACUGGGUGUUGACAUGCAAUACAAGUGGUUAUAUAAAGAGUCAUUACGUUUUGUUACAUCACAUUAUGUAAGAUGUAGUCAAGGGUAAAUUUAUUUUGUAUUUUAUUAUUGUGAAAAAGCUACACCACUUUGGAAGUUUUAUUUUAUUUGUACCCUUCAGUAUUAUUGUUUAUAGGUUAUUUUUAUGCUUUAGAUUUAUCAAAUGUCUGAGCUAACAUUAUUAAGACUAUACUGUAUAAGACUAGCAAAUAUGUCCUAUAUUCUUCAAGCAAUACUGAAAGAUUUCUGCAAGUCCAUGUAUAAAGGUGCGAUCACAUGUAUCGUUGUUCGGUGAGCUAAAUUAAAUUCCAAUAGGAAUAUCCACAUGAUAGGGGAUUUUGCGUGACAGAGAAAAAUUUCCUCAUGCAGAUUUCGCAGAAAGCUUGAUUUGAAAGUGGAAUGUGAUGUGGCAGCGCCUUUUCUGGACACACAAUCCCCACAAUUUUUGAAAAACUAUAUUUCAUAUAAUUUAUUACGUGAAUUUUUUUUUAAUUUUAUUUUGAGAUAGUUCUUUGAAAAAUAAGAAUAAAAUACAAGUUAUCAUUUUGAAAUAUCUAUGAAAUGUGAUACCACGCACAGUCUAAUAUUUGCUCAUAGUUAAUAAGCCGUUACUCUGGAGCUGAUUAGAAUUAAACUGGUUGGGCUCGUGAUGAGGUGAAUAAUGAAGACAUGUUGGUGAGUCAACAGGGCAGGUAUCAAGUGUCUGAACAAUUUCUAGGAUCUGGGUGUGUCUUCAGAGGAAAAUGUGUUGCACAGAAAUUGGAGAAGAAUAUUAUUUAAAAAUGCAAUUGAAGCAGAACAAUGUCACCGUGUUUACUCAGAUAAUUGAGAGAAAUAUGAAAAGGUUCACAUUCCUUUUGACUAAUGAAUUUACAUUGCUCUUUCUUAUAGAAUUUUUAUUAAAUGCACAAAGAGCUAUUUCUAGCUGAUGGAAUAUUACAGAACUGAGCAUAAAUAUUUAUAUUGAUUCCAGAAAUCCCAGAAAGUUUUUGAUGAUUGUAUAUUUGAUAAUAAACAAUAAGUUUCAAGGCUCUAUUCAAUCCCAAUAUUCUGAUUUUCCAAAUAAGUAAAUAAAUAAAUGCAAUGAUAGG